UUUAUAUCUCAGAAUCUAUUUUAAAUAUUUCGAAUUCAGUCUAUUAUAUUAUUUUUAUUUUAAACUAUUGAAAGAUUUGCAACUUACAUUUUAAUUUAGUAAAUUAUUACAUUUUUUGUGUUUCGUUUUCUGGAUACUUUACUGAAAAACUUUUUAUAUAAUUCGACAUAUGGGUUUUACAUAUUCCACUCUUUUUUUUAAUGCAAUACCCUCCUUCUGGGAACCUAAUUAUUACUCAUUCAGUCUUUUAACCUCUUAGUUUUUUCUCCCAAUGGUUUUCUACACAGCCGUUCAUUUUAGAUGCCGAUCUAAAGUCGACUUCGGCUAUAGAGUAGUAGUUCUUGGAUCCCACGAAAAUUUGGGUAAAUGGGAUGUUAAGAAUUCCCACAGGAUGAUAAUGAGUUCCACCGUAGAUGACAUAUGGAAUUCAAGUUUCCCAGCCUACCUUCCCCUUAAGGCUUAUGUAGAAUAUCGUUACGCCGUUUUGAAUGAAAAUGACGAAUUUUUGCGCUGGAACGACGACCUUAUUAGGCACCUGGAACCCACAGGAAAUGAAAUGAUAGUAGAAGAUGACGAUGGUUACUAUCGAUCUGAAUCCUCAAGUUAUCCCAAGAGCCUUAACACCCCCAGACCUGCAGCAUCGCUAAUUUUUAAUAUAGCUCUUGGAACAAGUGAUGAAAAGGUUGUUGAUCACCUGGGAUUAAACACUUUUCUUAGUGAACCUGAAUACAACUCAGACGACAUGGUUUACUUUGUGAGCUCAAGACUUCCAGUCCAGAUUUUUAGGCGUAAAGAUGGUUCUUUUGGCCUCAGGGACAGCAACACUCCUCUAACUACUAUGCUAUGGGAGCUUAGAAAGAGAUUUAGAAAUAAGAUGAAAUUUGUGGGUGCAUGCUCAAUUAAUUUCGAGACUGAAAGUGAUCUUAACGCUUCUGGCCAUAAAACAGAUACUCCACGUGAUACUGUUGACGUUACCCCCAACAGCACAGCUUCUGAUCCAGUUAAUCAAGUAAAUAAAAAUGAACACCAAGAGAAUGCAGUUAAUACUGUCAAUGACAAUAGUCUUGAAUCACAACUUUGCAAUAUUGUUCAUAGAUUAGAUUCCACUCAAACCCGUUCAAAGAGUUCUGAUUCUGAAUUUUCCAUUCCCCUGGAUGAACAAUUUACCGAGUUCGAACAAACUGAAAUCACUGAACUUCUACUCAAGCACGACUGUAUACCGGUUUUUAUCCCCCAGAAUGAAAUGAACAAGUCAAUAAAGUUCUGUAAAAAGUACAUGUGGAACCUGUUCUACAACAUAGGCCUGUGGGAUAUCACAAAGCAAAACGAGUUUGACUGGGAUUUAUGGCAGUCUUACUGUAAGGUAAAUAAGUUAUACGCGUCAACAGUAUCCCAGUACUUGGGCCGCAGUGACUUCGUAUGGGUCCAUGACUACAAGCUUUUGAUGGUUCCACAGUUUCUGUCCCGAAAGUGCAAAACUGCUAAUAUUGGCGUUUUUAUGCAUGCUUUAUUCCCCUCCUACACCCUGUUUGCCUGUUUGGCAGUUCGGGAAGAAAUACUUAGAAGCAUGCUUUGCGCAGACUUGAUAGGGUUUCACUUUUUCGAAUUUGCAAGACACUUUUUAACCAGUUGUAAAAGAGUACUUGGCCUUGAAUAUAACUUUUCAACAGGUGGAACCAUUGGUAUAGAAUACAAUGGCAGGCAAGUCAUGAUAAGGAUGAGUCACGCUAACGUACAGGCAGACCUGCUUAGGCAAAGAAUAGGCCCUGAAACUAAUGUACCAGAACUAGCUAAACAACUCAAGGAAAAAUGGCCAAACAGGUUUAUAGUAUCAUCAGUAGAUCGUGAUGUUCGUUUAUCAGGGUUACUACUCAAAUUCAAAGCUUUUAGAAAAUUCCUCCAGAAUUACCCUUAUGCCAGGAAUAAGAUACUUCUUGUUCAGUACAUUUGUAGUUUGGAUACAUUAUGGCAAACUUAUUCAGAAUCACAAGUUAAACUUUCGCAUCUCGCUCAAGAAAUCAAUGAUGAAUUCCAGAAUGUCCACGUAUUGUUGAAACUGAAUCCCAACUCUGAAGAGAAAUACGCUUUAUUCUUGGCUUCAGACUGUUUUAUGGACACCUGCAUAAGAGGUGGGAUAAACAUUGGAGCCUUGGAAUACGUUUAUACGAGGAAAGAUAAGCCUGCUAUAGCAAUAAUCAGUGAGUUUUCAGCAUUUAGUAAGACUCUUUUGUCCGCAAUUAGAAUCAACCCCUGGCAUACCUACAAUGUCAUGGAGGCACUUGACACGGCGAUGUCCUCAGAUCCAGCAACCACACUUGAAUCCUGUAAAAAAGACGUAUCAUACAUUGAAAACAACGAUGCUGUUACUUGGGUAAACGACUUCAUCAAGGAGUUGUACUAUUCUAGGAAGAAGCACGACAUGCUCCACACUUCUUGGGGUUUCGGCAAAACCUACAAAACACUUAGUUUCUCAACGAAUUUCCAGUUGCUGGAUUUUGAUACCUUGAUUGGAAAGUUCAAAACCAGUAAAAGACGCCUACUCUUCUUAGAUUGUGAAGGAACUCUAUCUAGUAACCCAUUUGACGUUGAAUCUCAUUCACUAUAUCAAACUGACAUUCAUACCAAAUCAACUCCACUUCCGGCGAAUCUAACUAAUUUGGGAGUACUAUCAAAGGAUAGAAACACAGUGAUAGUGUUGAUAAGUUGCCGUACGAAAGAACUCAUGGACAGUUGGUUCUCGUCAAUUCCAGAUGUUGGGUUAUGCGCAGAAAGAGGGUACUAUUUCAAGUUACCAACCGUGCUUGGCCGUGAGUGGCAGACUUUCCGUCACCUGUCCACAAACGCAACAUCUAACCACACCAAUAGCGCCCAAUUAGAAGUUGAACCCGACGUUCCAAGUGAUAGUUGGAGACCAGUUGCACUAAAACUUUUUGAACAGUAUGUGCAAAGGACACCAGGAAGUUAUUUGGAGUCUAAGGACUCAUGCCUUGUUUUCCAAUUUCAAAACUCAGAUCAGGAAUUUGGUAUACUUCAGGCUAAUGAAUUGAAUUCUUCGCUUUGUGAAUUGAUGGGCGGAUUCCCAGUCGAUGUACACAGAGGAAAGGGGUACUUGGAGCUUAGAUUAAAAGGUAUAAAUAAAGGAAAUGCCCUGGUGAACGUAGUUCACAAAUAUUCAUCACUAUUUGGAGAUUUCGACUUCGUACUCUGUCUAGGAGAUGACAAAAGUGACGAGGAGGCUUUCAAGGCACUAGAAACCCUAAAGUCAUCACAUGAUGCACUAAAGGCAACUCAGGAGUCUAAUUUAACCUCAACAAAGGAAAAAGAUGAAGCUAGCAGUUACAUCUCAUGCGUAGUAGGCAAAAGACCCAGUAAGGCAAAUUACUACCUCAAUGACUAUAUGGAAGUGUCAGAUUUGCUAACUUCUCUGGCUAACACAGUUGAGCUUCUCUAAACUCAUUUGACUAUUUUUUAUCAUUUUAUACCACACUUGAACAAGUUACGUUUAUAACGAUGUGAAAUAUUUUAUAAUUUAGUGAUUUUCAAAA